AUGGCGUGUUUACUAUACAAAUCAACAAUAUUUUUAUUAUUAGGUCCGAUCCAGAAGGAGGCUAUCGAAGAAGGUAUAAGGGACAUCGAGAGGCACACCUGCGUCAAAUUCCGCUACCGUGAACCUGAAGACACAGUCUUUGUUAGAGUUACUGGCGGUGCUGGCGGUUGCUUCGCGCACGUCGGCUACUGGGAAUCCCGCGGCAUCCACACUUUGAACCUGGCGCGCAACGUGCCAGGCACCGGCUGCUUCCGCCACCCCACCAUCGUUCACGAGUGGAUGCACAUCCUCGGCUUCCUGCACAUGCAGUCCACUUACAACAGAGAUGAUUACGUCAAGAUUGUUGAGGAGAAUCUUAGACCUGGCACUGAGCAUAACUUCGCCAUUUACACUUCUGACAUGGUGAGCAACCUGGACAUUGAAUACGACUACGUGAGCUGCAUGCACUACGGACCCUUCGCUUUCAGCAAUGGUGAGAAGACCAUCGUGGCUCUACAGGAACACGAGGGUGAUAUGGGACAGCGCAUCUUCAUCACCGACAAGGACUGGCUUCGCAUCAACAGACACUACAACUGCCCCGGCGCAUGGGACUAAACCUUCACUAUGACUUUAUAUUUAUACGAAAAUUUUAUAUCAAUAUAUAAAUGUAUUUUUAUACAAAAGAAAAGAAUAUCAUACAACAAAACGCUUCGUUUAUUAUUUAGCGCCAUUGAAAGCAACAAUCUGGUGGAAAAUUUUAAAUGAUCUCUGCAUUACUUUUAAUAAAGACAUUUUUAAAAUAA